AUGGCGAUGACGUCCUCCGCCUCAAUGUCCACGAUGAACAUGGCCUUCAAUACCGACAAUCUUUCUACGAUGCUGUUUUCGAGUGCAUGGAUGCCGACUAGCACCGGUGAUUACGUAGGCACGUGGUUCUUUUUGUUUUUUCUCGCUGUCAUAUGGCGAGCCAUAAGCGCGAAGGUUGCCAGUCUAGACGCUUUCUGGGCCUCGAAAAACGCAGGGUACCCUAUUUUCAUCAACGGAGGUCAGGAAAAGCCGUCAAGGGAGAAAUUGAUUCAAACAUGGAGACUAUCUGUCAAUCUUCCGCGGGCGGCAUUGCGAAUGCUUAAUCAAGGGAUUUCAUAUCUAUUAAUGAUUGCGGUGAUGACAAUGAACGUUGGAUUCUUCUUCGCGGUUCUUGUUGGAUAUUUCGUUGGAGAGCUUGUCUUUGGUCGGGUCGGCGGGGCCAAUGGAGGAAGCUAA